AUGAAAAGAGCUCAAGCUCCAACCAAACGAUUGAGCAAACGGAUUCCCCAAAACGAAACCAAAGAACAGUCGAGUAAAUUACCAGAAGACGUCAUGAACCGAGAAAAAAAACAAAUUCAACGAGAAAAGACCAAAAAACAAGAAGAAACGACGAAACGAUAUGUCAAGGAUUUGUUACUUCACAACCCUCGUGUGGUCUUUGUGUUUUAUGAUUUUGAAUUUACACAAUUUCAAGACAUCGGGACGUAUCCUGUUGAAGCGGGGUUUGUGUUUAAAAGGAUAGGCGAAGAUUUAGUAGGUACGUACCACUGUAUGUUACACCCCCCUAUUCAAAAGUGGACCUUCACAUACAACCAACUGAUUCAUGGCAUCACCAAAAGUACUCCGAACUUACGGAAAGACUACUCCAAAGUGAUCAAAGAGCUCCUCGCAAGUGUCACGAAGUAUUGUGGAGCGGUCGACGCAAAUGUUGUGUUUGUGUCGAAAGAGGAAAUAGUCUCCUCGGACUGCCAAUGUCUCACGACGAUGUUUGAGUGGGCGAAGGUCACGAUGCCACAAUUCACUUUCAUUAAUCACUUCUGUCUUGGUGAAGUCAUUUGUGACGUCAUGCAGCACCAAAUGUACUUCACAAGGAAAAGUCUCAAUUUAAUAUUUAAACAACUUGAGUAUGGAACUCGUUGUGAUUGGCAUAGUCGAAACCCUAAAUUUCAUUGUGCUUUGAACGAUGCAAUUAAUACCGGAAUUUUGUUUGACGUCUUCAUAUCACAAUUCUUGAAUAUUCAAACAAAAGAACAGAAGUCAAUUUCAUAUGAGAAAAGUCCGUUGGAUGUCCCUGACUUCGUGACAAAAUUUAACCCACAAACGUGCGGAAUUUGUUUUUACUCAAAACACGAGUCAAACGCUCUGAUCUUUUGUUGUAAAAUCCACGACGUUUUUAAAAGUUCAAAUCUGAAAACGGUGGCGACAAAAAAAAUUCAAAACGCCGUCCAGGAGAUGAGUCAAAAUGACGUGUUGAUUGUCUGUAUCUCCCGUCGUGAACCUUUGCAAGUCAAAGACAAAAACCUGUUUGAAGUGAAUUUCAGUGAGUUCGAUCAAUCCUUCUCACAACAAUUUAAACGGAAACUGAACCCUAAGGAAAUUCAAAGCGAGAAAUUUAAAAGUGUCGAAGAUGAACGUCGAAAAACUUUUGUGAAAACAAUUUUGCCUUAUCUCUUACAUGAAAAAUGA